AUGAAAGAGGUGUUGGACUUAGACUUGGACUUGGACUUGGACUUGGACGGUGGACGUGUAUCGGCGGCAGUAACGCGGUCGGUGACGGGAGUUACGCGGUACAAGACGGAGAACAUUCCAGCCGGCAGCACGGACACGACCAUGCACGAGACCACGGCCACCGACCAGUGUCCGGGCUUGUUCAACAUUCAACAGCAACCAACCGGCUCCAACAGGCCAACAGCCAACACGGGACGAGAUGAGACGAUGGGAUGGGGCACGUGA